AUGGGUUCAUUUACCUCCUGCAACUGCUUUAUUGAGCCACAGCCUGCUGAUGAACUGUUGAUGAAGUACCAGUACAUAUCGGAUUUCUUUAUUGCUCUUGCUUAUUUCUCCAUUCCACUAGAGUUGAUCUACUUUGUUAAGAAAUCUGCAGUAUUUCCAUAUAGAUGGGUGCUUGUGCAGUUUGGUGCUUUUAUAGUUCUUUGUGGAGCGACACAUCUUAUUAACUUAUGGACCUUUGAAAUGUAUUCAAGAACUGUGGCAGUGGUUAUGACCACUGCAAAGGUUUUGACCGCUGUGGUGUCAUGUGCAACAGCUCUUAUGCUGGUGCAUAUUAUACCUGAUCUAUUAAGUGUUAAAACUAGGGAACUAUUUUUGAAAAAUAAGGCUGCAGAGCUUGAUCGAGAAAUGGGCCUGAUCCGUACACAGGAAGAAACAGGCCGGCACGUUCGAAUGCUAACUCAUGAAAUUAGAAGCACUCUUGAUAGGCAUACUAUACUCAAAACUACACUUAUUGAGCUGGGAAGGACUUUAGCAUUGGAAGAGUGUGCAUUGUGGAUGCCAACACGCACUGGGCUAGAGCUUCAACUUUCAUAUACUCUUCGUCAUCAAAAUCCUGUUGGGUUUACUGUACCCAUACAGCUUCCUGUAAUCAAUCAAGUAUUCAGUACCAAUCGUGCAGUAAAAAUAUCACCGAAUUGCCCUGUGGCAAGACUUCGCCCUGUCACUGGAAAAUACAUGCCUGGGGAUGUUGUUGCUGUGCGUGUCCCACUUCUGCAUCUGUCGAAUUUUCAAAUUAAUGAUUGGCCAGAACUUUCCACGAAACGCUAUGCUUUGAUGGUUUUGAUGCUUCCGUCGGAUAGCGCAAGGCAAUGGCAUGUCCACGAGUUGGAGCUUGUUGAAGUGGUCGCCGAUCAGGUGGCUGUCGCUCUUUCACAUGCUGCAAUCUUAGAAGAGUCAAUGAGGGCCAGGGAUCUUUUAAUGCAGCAGAAUUUUGCACUUGAUCAGGCUAGAAAAGAAGCUGAAACUGCUGUUCGAGCUCGCAAUGAUUUCCUGGCUGUUAUGAACCAUGAGAUGAGAACUCCUAUGCAUGCAGUUAUUGCACUCUCAUCCUUGCUACAAGAAACUGAACUGACACCAGAGCAGCGUCUGAUGGUUGAAACAAUCCUUAAGAGCAGUAAUCUUUUGGCUACGCUCAUAAAUGAUGUAUUAGACCUUUCAAGGCUUGAAGAUGGUAGCCUUCAGCUUGACAUUGGAACUUUUAACCUUCAUGGUCUCUUCAGGGAGGUUCUUAACUUGAUAAAACCUAUAGCAUCUGUCAAAAAGUUGUUCGUUACAUUGAGUUUAGCUUCGGAUCUGCCAGAAUAUGCUCUUGGUGAUGAAAAGCGGCUUAUGCAAACUGUUCUAAAUGUUGUUGGCAAUGCUGUGAAGUUCUCAAAGGAGGGGAGCAUUUCAAUUUCUGCUUUUGCUGCAAAGUCAGAAUCUUUAAGAGAUCCUCGAGCUCCUGAAUUUCGUGCAGUGCCUACCGAUAAUUACUUUUAUUUGCGUGUACAGGUAAAGGAUACUGGUUCAGGAAUUAACCCGCAAGAUAUGCCCAUGUUAUUCACUAAAUUUGCUCAAAGCCAAUCUCUGGCAACUAAAAAUUCUGGUGGCAGUGGGCUUGGCCUUGCGAUCUGUAAGAGGUUUGUGAAUCUUAUGGAGGGGCACAUUUGGAUUGAAAGUGAAGGUCUUGGCAAGGGAUCUACUGCUAUCUUUAUUGUAAAACUUGAAAUUCCUGGGCGCCUUAAUGAGGCUAAGGUCCCUUUUGUACCUAAGGUGCCAGCAAACCACAUCCAGGCAAAUUUUCCUGGACUCAAAGUGCUUCUCUUGGAUNGAAUUCCUGGGCGCCUUAAUGAGGCUAAGGUCCCUUUUGUACCUAAAGUGCCAGCAAACCACAUCCAGGCAAAUUUUCCUGGACUCAAAGUGCUUCUCUUGGAUGAAAAUGGGGUUAGCAGGACAGUAACCAGGGGGCUUCUUGUACACCUAGGAUGUGAUGUAACAACCGUUAGCUCUGGAGAUGAGUGUUUGCGGCACAAGGUGGUAUUCAUGGACGUUUCUAUUCUUGUUAUAGAUGUUUAUGAAGUUGCUGUCCGGAUACAUGAAAAAUUCUCAACAUUCCAUGAAAGGCCCCUCAUUGUAGCACUAACAGGAAAUACUGAUAGGGUGGCAAAAGAGAACUGCUUGCGGGUUGGUAUGGAUGGAGUUAUACUGAAACCUGUUUCAGUUGAUAAAAUGAGGAGUGUUUUAUCUGAACUCUUAGAGCAUUAG